AUGGAAGGCCCUACAUCCACCGGGGAGACCCCCCAGAAGAAGAAGCAGAACGCAUGUUUACGACGUAUCCUGCGAAAGCAGGGAGCAGAAGUUCCUCCUGUCCCCCCUGGCACAUACGACCCCGAUCUCCCCCCAAAGCGCAAGCGGACCCACCGUAAGCCCGGUCGACAUACGGCUAACAAGCGCAAGAAGAUUUCCGCUGCCGCUGCUGUCCCCACUGAUGAGGGCAAUGAGUCGUCGACAUUAGACGACUCAUCUGCCGCCGGGCCCGCUGACUCGCGCCCUCACUCUCCUGCCUCUGGGACCGUGCCUUCCACUGUUACUUCCCGUCCCACUGUGCCUUCCCCUACUCUUGUUUCGCCCGCUGUAGCUCUUACCUCCCCGUUGGCAGAGAAGGCUGCCAUGAUUGACGAUGGGCGUGAGUCUGAAAAUGUGGUCUGGGACCCUGUGGAUCCCUUGGGUCUUUUCGAUGAGUUGGAGGGACCGUUGGACUGGCCAUCCGAAGGGCUGUUUUAA